GCGUCCUUUACGCUCGGUGGUGAUAUAGCCAUAUCACACUCUCCCGACGUUUAAUAUAUACAGGCUCCAACAAGACCUCACCGCGAUAGUACUAGUACUUGCGUGUCCGAGAUGAGCGACCAGAAAAUCAAAUCCGUACACAAACUGACGAUAACAUUCGUGGUCGACAACUGCAUAGAAUGGAUGACCAAGUUGCCUCCAGGCUUCAUCCUGGAGGUGCCGCAGCACUUAUCGCGUCCUGACGUGCCGUUGGAUCCCCUCACAGGAGUGCCGUUCGUCGAUCUCGAGAACUACUGCUGCGGAGCUCAUGGUUUCUCUGCGCUCAUCGAAACGGAAGUGGAGGGUGCGGAGCCUCACCUGACACUCUUCGACACCGGGCCCGACUCGCGCGCGAUCAUUCGCAACAUCGAGGCCCUCCAGGUGCCCGUCGAGCGCAUCGAGCGCGUCAUCCUCUCGCACUGGCAUGCCGACCACAGCGGCGGAAUGCUCGCCUUCCUCCGGCACCGCCAUGAGCGCGCAUCGCAGGCAACGGACACCCCGGCGUGCGUGCUCGACCUCCACCCGGACCGGCCGAUCGCGCGCGGUAUAGCUGCGCGAGGCAGCGGGAUUGUCGUUGGGCGACUUCCUCCCGACCCGACGUUUGCGCAGAUCGAGGCUGCGGGCGGGGUGGUGGAGAAGCACGCGGAGGGGCAUGCGGUCGCGGGCGGCACGGUGUGGGUGAGUGGGGAGAUACCGCGGGUGACGCAUUUCGAGGGUGGACUGCCGAGUGGCGUUCGGUGGGUGGAGACGGGCGGGCAGGGUGGGUGGACGAAGGAGGAGGAUAUUACGGACGAGCGGUACGCCGCGAUUGAUGUCAUUGGAAAGGGCCUGGUCAUAUUCUCAGCGUGCUCUCAUGCCGGCAUCGUGAAUGUUGUAAAGGGCGCCAUCGAGACAUUCAAUCGCCCUGUAUACAUGAUCAUCGGCGGUCUCCAUCUCGCAGGGACGGAGCUCGUAGAACGCAUACCACCUACAGUGGAUUACCUUGCAAACAAGAUGCGGCCUUCGCCCACAUAUGUGCUCCCCAUGCACUGCACUGGCUUCGCUGCAAAGGUAGCGUUGGAGGAGGCACUCGGAGAAGGAAGCGUACCUGCAGGUGUCGGCAUCAAGGUUAUCGUGGAAGGCUCUCCUGAUACAGAACGCAUGAUUCAGCCGCGGUAGGUCGAGUGGCUCAAGUAGUCGUGUAAAACGGUGUAAAGAAGC